AUGUACAAGCUCCUGCUCCUUGCCGCACUUUUGGGAUGCGCCCUGGCCGCCCCCAUCAACGAUGAUACCAUUACGAAGUUCCUGUCCAACGCGGAUACGGACGGAUCGUACGGCUACAGUGUAGAGCAGGCCAGUGGCAUUGCCUUUGGCGAGCAGGGCCAGGGCGGCAUUGGAGCCCGCGGCUCCUACUCCUACAUCUCGCCCGAGGGUAUUCCCGUCCAGGUUACCUAUGAGGCCGACGAGAAUGGCUUCCGCCCGCAGUCGGAGCUGCUGCCCACCCCUCCACCCAUCCCAGAAGCCAUCCUGCAGUCCAUCCGCUACAUUCAGGAGCACCCCACGCCCGAGGAGCUCGCCGAUCGCGCUGUGCGUGCCCAGCAGAUCUAG